AUAAAUGUAUGUAUGUAUGGGAAAAAAGAAAAAAGAAAAAGGAAAAAAGAAAAAAGAAAAAAGAAAAAAACCUAACAGGCGGAUAUCUUCUCCUUAUUCAGGAGUGGAACACUACAUAAAUCCAGCGCCUUCGAAAUUCAAAACACAAAUCCCCGCCAAACGAAGCCAGUACAUUCCCCAUUUUCUUCAUUUUGUCUCUCAGCUCUUGUUUCAAACCCUAGAUUCUGAAAACCUAAUCUCUCUCACUCCAUGAAAGACCACCAAUUGGAACUCGAAUUUCUAGGGAGAAAUUGAGAAUGGAGAGAGGUAUGAUAUCAGUGGACCAGUGGUCCGAAGGCAGUCAGGUGUAUUUCCUGACGCAUCUCCACGCCGAUCACACCAAGGGCUUGUCUUCGAGAUGGAAAAGAGGCCCACUGUUCUGCUCUCGAAUCACAGCCAAGCUCUUCCCCUUCAAAUUUCCCGAUUUCAAACUCUCGCUGCUUCGAGUCUUGGAGAUUGGUUCUUGGCAUUCCAUCUCUUUGGUUUCUCCCACCUCUGGAUCAGAGACAAUAGUCCAAGUCAUUGCCAUCGAUGCUCAUCAUUGCCCUGGCGCAGUUAUGUUUUUGUUUCGUGGUGAGUUUGGCUGCAUGCUUUACACUGGGGAUUUUCGUUGGGAAACAAGAAGUAAGAGGGCACAUAUUGCUAGGGCCAUGCUUGGUAAUGCUAUUGGGAAUGAUAAAGUAGACAUCGUUUACUUGGAUAAUACUUAUUGUAAUCCGUCAUACUCUUUUCCUUCUCGAGAAGUUGCUGCUCAGCAGGUUGUCGAUAUUAUUGCCUCCCAUCCUGAACAUGAUGUCAUUAUUGGGAUAGACACUUUGGGCAAGGAAGAUCUUUUACUCUACAUUUCACAUGUGCUAAAAACAAAGAUUUGGGUGUGGCCAGAACGUUUGCAAAUCAUGCAUCUGCUUGGGUUCCGCGACAUCUUUACGACCAAAACUUCGCUAACAAGAGUGCGGGCUGUUCCUCGUUACAGUUUUAGCAUUGACACACUAGAGGGACUAAAUACAAUGCGUGCAACCAUAGGAAUUAUGCCAUCUGGUCUUCUAUUCACGGGAAAAUUCCUCAAAGGAAAUGACAAUCUCUUUGGUUCUUCUCCUCCAAUUUCUCGCAUUAACGGAAGCAAAUUCAACACAAAUGUUGGGACCUGCAAGGAUAUAAAUAAGCCAGAUAGAAACUUGAGAACUGUGGAAAGAUAUCAUGAAUACAUAUAUUCAGUUCCAUAUUCUGAUCAUGCAUGCUUUGCUGAGAUACAGGAGUUCGUUAAACUUGUCCAACCAACCAACAUGAAAGGCAUUGUCUCUUCGUCGCCUUCAUAUGUUGACCCUCUUUAUUAUCUGGGCCACCUUUCUGAUGCAAAGCAACCAUCAUGGAUAGUGAAUGAUAAGAUUGGGAAGGAGAGUGGUGAAAGAGUUGAAGCUGUGGAAAUGAAAUUUUCUGUUGGAAGCAUUAAUUCUGCCAAGGAAGAAAGGAAAAGAAAGAAAACACAAGUUGAUCAUUUAGGUGUUCGUGUGAGGAGGGUGAGUUUAUUGAGACGAGUACGACGUGGUGCAAAGAUUGCGGAAAUUGACCACAUUGAUUAAUCGGUUACAUGUUGGUAUUGCUUCAAAUGUACGAGUGAUGUUCUAUAUGAUUCUCGGAUCUAGAAUACGUGUAAUAUCUAUAAAAUCUAUAAAACUCCCUUGAAACUGAAUGUGCAAAGAAUUAUUUGUUUUUCUCCCCCCAACACACUACUAAGGCUCAAUUGCCCCACGGACAGUCCUGUUUCAAGAUGAAGUAUGCUCUUUGCAAGGGUUGAUACUUCGCACUGAGAAUUAGUUGGUGACUUUGAGAUAUUGGCAAUAACCCAAUGUGCCAAGAAGCUCGGUGGUUGAAGAAUUGAAGGUAAUGUAUGUAAAACUAUGGUCUCGCUUUACUUAUUUUGGUUCUUGUUA